AUGCCGGCCUCAAUGGCUUCGGCGAACCGGCGCUGCCGCGGCGCGCCCUGGGCGCCCUUGCCGCUGCGCUGGGCGCAGGGGGCCAGGCUCGCGUCGAAGCCAUCGUGUACGCGCGGCCCCGCGGACAGCGGUGGGAUCAGCCCGUUGCGGGGGGCCGCCGAGGCCGAGCGCGCCGCCGAGCAGCGCGUGCAGCUGGCCAAGAAGGGGCCUGGCGGGCUGGCCUCGCUGUUCCCGGUGACCACGGGCGGGGUCGUGGCCGCGCAGGCGGCGCGCGAGGCGCGCGGCGCUGGUAGCGGCCCUGGUGCGUCUGCGAAGCAGAGCGGCGCGCGCGCCAAUGGCGGCGACGGCCGCGCGCGC